AUGUCGACAAUUGAAUCAAAAAGCGAUCUGGAAUAUCGGGAUGGCUCAAGGUCUCCCACCAACACAUGGACUAAUACGGAUGUGCGUCAUGCUCGACGCAAAAUUGAUCUCUCUGUCCUGCCAUUGCUUUUCUUAGGCAUGACCGUAUUCCAGCUGGAUCGCAUGAACGUUGCUAGCGCCCUAACUGGAGGAUUUGGCGAGGAUAUCAAGGUGAACCAGAACACCAUCAAUCUCGGAAAUCAGUUAAUGUUCCUGGGCAUCAUUGUGCUGGAGAUUCCCUCCAAUGUCCUACUGCAGCGAAUUGGCCCUGAGAAAUGGAUGCCCGUUCAGGUGCUGGCAUUUGGGAUCAUCGCCAUCUUUCAGGUAUUUCUCAAGAACAAAACUGGUUUCUUGGUCAUUCGUGCCCUUCUCGGUCUCGCGGAAGCUGGCUAUAUCCCUGGAUCGGUCUACACUCUCUCGACCUGGUACAUCGGUCCGGAAUUGGCGAAGAGAGUGGCCAUUCUAUUCUUUGGGAUGUUUGGUGGGAAUGCGAUCUCCCCAUUAUUGGGAGCCGGCAUUCUUAGACUCGAUGGAAGGCAUGGUCUGAAGGGCUGGCAAUGGAUCUUUUUAGUUGAGGGCUUGAUGACUAUUGGAUCCGCAAUUCUCUUGAUCGUAUUCCUCCCACGCAGUCCCGAUAGACCAAAGCCUGUCUUCAUCAGACGCGGUCUCAUCGCCUUCUCGGAGCAGGACAAGGAGGUUCUCACAGCGAGGAUGCCCAAGAAUGCAGGGACUCGGCGAAAAACCCUCCCCCCGUCUCUCAUCCUCAAGACGCUACUCAACUACCGGCGCUGGCCACACUUUAUAUCCACUGCUUGCGUCUUCUCAACAUGGAGCCCACUCACAACCUAUACUCCGUCGAUCAUGAUGGCUCUAGGCUUCAGCCGUAUCCAAGCGAAUGCUCUCAGUGCCGUCGGCGCAUUCAUGACGCUGCCUCUUGUCUUCUUCUUCGCUUGGCUCAGCGACAAGACCGCCAGACGGGGGAUCGUUGUCAUCACGGCGAUAUCGUGCUAUCUGAUCGUAUUGAUUGUCGCACGAUCUGCUCUCCCCUCUGUCGGCAAAUGGAAUCAAUUUGGCUUAUGGACGGUGAUUAAUGCAUUUGCGGUAGGGUACCACCCUAUUCAUAAUACCUGGGUGCAGGUCAAUUGUCCGGAUGCUGGGGAGAGGAGUGUGUCGAUCGCCAUGUGUGAGUCAUUCCUGUCCAGGUAA